AUGGAUAUCUCAGAGUCCUCCAUUGUUGUCCGUGGUCAGUGUGGACUCCCAGAAGCAUGUCCUAAGGAACAUGUUACCUUUAAGAUGUCCAGUGGUGCAACAAAUGUAAUAGGCCCAAAGAUUUGUAUUGAUGGAGAAAUAUGGAUUGAAAAAAAAGGGGGACAAGGAAUUAACAUUGCUGUUGUUAAUGGUAAAACUGGAAAGCUUAUCAGUGCAGCUGCCUUUGAUAUGUGGAGUGGUGAUGUUGAGCCACUAAUAGAAUUUCUAAAGACAAUUAAAGAUGGCUCAUUUGUGCUAAUGGCAUCCUCUGACGAUCCAGCAACAAGACUUAAUGAUGAGGCACGGACACUUAUCACUGAGCUUGGCAGUUCAUAUAUAUCAGUUCUGGAGUUCAGAAAUAACUGGCUCUUUGUUGGAGGAAAAGGAAUCAAGAACAUAAAGCCUUUGGAACAGCAUAUAAAGAAUGAUAAGGCAUUUAACAAAUAUGAUGACUGGCCAGAAAUGCUAGAAAUGGGGGGCUACAUACCCUACAGCAAAGAUUAA